CAACCGCGCCCUCCCUCACCGAAACUGGCCUGCACGUUUACUCAAAACAAACCACAACGGCCACACCAGAGCUUUGCAACAUCAACAAGUUUUUAUAAGUUACUUAGCGACAUCGCCGGAGGGUAAUUCUUAAACGGACACGGACCUCUGACCAGACAUGUCCGAGUAUCUGAAGAGAGAAGACCACGGGUAUGGACUUCUCCCCAGAGAUUUUUUUUUACCCAAAACCCCUUCUUGAUGCGUAUACCAAACGUGUAAAAAAGAUUGCAAGGACUCAAGGGACUGUUGAUGUUACGUCAAGACUAGCCCGAGUAUGAGCCUGUCGGAGAUGGACGGUAAAGCCAUGAAAUGCGAGAUAUGUUCAUUGUAGUGAAAGUGGAAGAGUUCAAUACUGCCCUUCCAAGCAAAAAGGCAGUAACUGCUUAUAGUGUGGAACUGAGAGAAAAUGGAUUUUAUUUACCUUGGUUUCACAGUAACUUUAUGCAGUUACUGCUAACAUGACCCCAUUUACUCCAAAACACAAUAGAAUAGAGGCAGGAUAUUUGUCCACAUGAUUAAGCAUGUAUUUAAUGUAGCAAAAAAUGAAAUUGACACAUUUUAGACCAAAUAAGCAGUUACUGCCUUUUUUGCUUGGUAGGGCAGUAUAACGAUAUACUUGUAAUAAGUGUGAACAGCUCCCUGCCUCAAAAGAUCAUUAUGCUACUAGAGGAGAACAGGGUCCUGAAUGAACGUCUCUCUCUGGCCAAGGAGACUUCAACACUGAACGCUGAUUCUGAUGAAGUCACAAUCCCAAAUGAUCUCAAGGAUCAUCCAGGGAGUUCUACCAGACUGGGAUCCUCUGCUGUGGCUACUAUGAACACUACCAUGGACCACUUUCCUGAAUUGACAGGUCACACACAGAUGAAAACAGGAGCCCCCCUGUCUUCGCCGGGGCCAUCCGAUGAGGCCCUCCCCCUGUCUUCUCCGGGGCCUAACGAUGAGGCCCUCCUCCUGUCUUCGCCGGGGCCUACCGAUGAGGCCCUCCUCCUGUCUUCGCCGGGGCCAUCCGAUGAGACCCUCCCCCUGUCUUCUCCGGGGCCAUCCGAUGAGGCCCUCCUCCUGUCUUCGCCGGGGCCAUCCGAUGAGGCCCUCCUCCUGUCUUCUCCGGGGCCAUCCGAUGAGGCCCUCCCCCUGUCUUCUCCGGGGCCAUCCGAUGAGGCCCUCCCCCUGUCUUCUCCGGGGCCAUCCGAUGAGGCCCUCCCCAUGUCUUCUCCGGGGCCAUCCGAUGAGGCCCUCCCCAUGUCUUCUCCGGGGCCAUCCGAUGAGGCCCUCCCCAUGUCUUUUCCGGGGCCAUCCAAUGAGGCCCUCCUCCUGUCUUCUCCGGGGCCAUCCGAUGAGGCCCUCCCCCUGUCUUCGCCGGGGCCAUCCGAUGAGGCCCUCCGCCGCCGCUCUUGUGACAAGACAUUUACCAGUCGGUCUAAAAAACAUGAGAAAAACCCCUCAAGAGAUGGAUCUCACCCCUGUGACCAGUGUGAGAAGAGUUUUGUAACACAAAAACUUCUGGAAAAACACCAGAUGAGUCACUCCAACUCUCAUGUGUGCUCUGAUUGUGGAAAGAGAUUCCGUCGGGCUGAUCACCUAAAGAGACAUCAGAGAGUCCACACUGAGAACAAACUGUACAUUUGCCCUCAUUGUGGGAAAAGCUUUGGUUACUCUGGAAAGUUAACCCAACAUGUGAGACUUCACACUGGGGAGAAACCCUACCAGUGCUCCGAUUGUGGCAAAAUGUUUGCUGCUAUUAAAACAAAGAAAAGACACCAAGAGGUUCAUUCAACACAUAGGGUGAAGCCUCAUGUUUGCACUACCUGUGGAAAGGGCUUUGCUCGACAUGAAUACUUAAAAAAACAUUGCACCAUUCACACUGGAGUGAAACCGCAUCAGUGCUCUGACUGUGGAAAGAGCUUCCGUCUGCUUGAUCAUUUAACUCGGCACCAGAAAAAAGCACAUGGAGAGAGGCUAUUCCCUUGCUUUGUUUGCAAACAGUGUUUUGUUUCAGAGCACACCCUGAAAGUUCAUCAGAAAAAGCAUACAAGGCCUUACCACUGCUCCCUAUGUGACAAGAGAUAUGCCGAUAAGGGGAAUUUAGCAGUCCAUCUGCGUGUACACACUGGAGAGAAGCCACAUCUUUGCUCCCAGUGUGGGAAAUGUUUCUCUGGUAAACAACAACUUCAAUUACACCUCUUGGUACAUUCAGGUGAGAAGUCUUAUAAAUGUUCUCACUGCGAAAGGAGUUUCGCUAAUACGCCUAUCCUGAAAAGACACAUACGAACCCACACCGGAGAGAAACCGUACCGCUGCUCUGAAUGUGGGAGGAGUUUCGCUGAUGGGGAUACACUCACAAAACAUCUGCGGACCCACACUGGAGCGAAGCCGUACCUUUGCUCUCUGUGCGGGAAACGUUUCUCUGUUAAACAACGUCUUAAAGAACAUCUAAUGGUACAUUCAGGUGAGAAGCCUCAUCCCUGUUCUCACUGUGCGAGGAGUUUCACUAGUACAUCUAAUCUGAUAAGACACUUGCGAACCCACACUGGAGAGAAACCGUUCAAAUGCCUUGACUGUGGGAAGGGGUUUGCUCGCUCGGCAACCCUCAAAAAUCACCAGCGUAUCCACGGUAGGGUCACCAAGGACCAAGCUCCCAAGGACCAAUAGCUGCACAGAGAACUCUACAUAGUAGCUUCACCACAACUGUCUGUCGUGUGUCUGUACCAGAAGUCAUAAUAUCAGAAAAAGUAUUCUCUGUAGGCUCUAUUUCUCUUACAUUAUUUAAGGGGUUUUAAGUGGGGAUGCGCUAUAUAUCAGUGAACAUAUCGGAACCGUCUGAUAUUAGCUAAAAAUGCCAACAUCGGUAUCAGUCCGAUGUCUAGUUUAACACCUAUGUCAAAAACCGAUGUCAAAGCUACCGUAUAUACCUAAUGUAACGUAGGUACAUGACGUAAUGACUAGAAAAUAAAGGAGAGCCGCACACUCUAGGAGCUCAGAUGCAAAAAUAUUUAAUUACCAACGUUUCGACAGGCAAGCUGUCUUCAUCAGGGUACAACUCCGCUAGCCAGCACCUCGCCUACAUGGGUGUGCGUUUCUUUUUCUUCUACAUGACGUAAUGACGCCACAUAAAAUUUUGCGCUACACCUACAACACAGAAUUCUUAACCUCGCCCACAAUGUCUGCCGUGUGGAUCGAGCAGUCAAGCAGUCAUUUGAAAGAGUAAGAACAUUUCAGCGAGACAACGCAAAGGCGAAAUCCAUUAAAGCCAGAAUAAUGGAAUUCAUUCCCCUUGACAAUCAACUGUUCUCUGUCGUGGGUGAUGUUGGCUUUCGCCGACUCGUCGAGCGCCGGUACACACUACCAAGUGAGCUAUUUUUCAGAUGUUGCCCUACCGGAGUUACACAGUAAUAGCGUCACUGCUAUUAGCUUCACAACAUACAUACUAUGGAAUGCCGUUUGGGUCUUUGCAUGUCAAAAAAGAUACAGUAGCACUGUCAAAGAUGGACAAAAAAGUUUACAAACAAGCAAACACACCGGACACGAACGAUGUGUUUACAAUACCGCGUUAGUAAUAAAGCAUAAUUUGUUCGACCGCAAUUUAUGGGUUAGCUAGCUUUAGCUUGGUACCUAGCUAGCACCAAUACAACCAGUCUGAACACAAUGACCAGUAGAAAUUGCAGUCAUUUUUAUUAUUCUUAGCAAUGAUUUAGGAAUCCUUGUAAGUAUUAGCUAGGUUGCCACUUGUUGUUCGCCUAUUGAAAUUGAACUUCAGUUCAUGAAAAUAAAUAGCUAGCCAGCUACUUAACCCUGUUGCCCAAAGCUAACGUUGUAAGCAGCUAGCUAGCUUAAUCUGGCUAGUGAUGCUCGACCGGACCGGGUGAUGUGUUGUGAAGCUAGCCACAAUAAGGAUUAGGCACAAUAGUGGAAUUUGCAGUUUGCCUUCAAAAUACAAGUAUGUAAUUGACAGUGAUGCUAAUUAAUACAUAUAAUAUAAUUAUUCCAUACUUUUAUUUUGAAGGCUGACCGCAAAGUCCACUAUUGUGGCUCAUCCUUAUUGUGGCUAGCUUCACAUAGAUGGGUCCGACCACCAUUAAUUUUAUUUAUUUAUUUAUUUUACCGUUAUUUUACCAGGUAAGUUGACUGAGAACACGUUCUCAUUUGCAGCAACGACCUGGGGAAUAGUUACAGGGGAGAGGAGGGGGAUGAAUGAGCCAAUUGUAAACUGGGGAUUAUUAGGUGACCAUGAUGGUUUGAGGGCCAGAUUGGGAAUUUAGCCAGGACACCGGGGUUAACACCCCUACUCUUACGAUAAGUGCCAUGGGAUCUUUAAUGACCUCAGAGAGUCAGGACACCCGUUUAACGUCCCAUCCGAAAGACGGCACCCUAUACAGGACAGAUAAUCAAAUAAGGACUGUCUUAUAAAUCAGGGUAAUUUUAGAUGAUGACACCUAGCUAUAUAGUUAUGACCAGCACUGUAGCUUUUUUAUGACCAGCACUGUAGGUGCGCGAGACAACUUUACCAGCAUCAUAGCAUACGUAUCAAUGAAUCGUUGUGACAUAUGAAAUACGAGUGAUAGUGUAAUCAAUGUGUAAUAACUACGUAAAAAAUGUAUGAACGAGCUAAAUUAUUACAUCUAAUAGUGUUAUUUGACACGCAAAGACACAAACGGUGUUCCAUAGCAUGAGAAAUCCUGGUUGAGAAUGAAACUGAACAAAUGAACAACGAAACAGCACAGCGAGUAAGUGAAAGAAAUAUGUUUUGAUUAUGUUUUACUGGUAAUGAGGACACACGUAAAUGCAAAACAAAAUAACUUUUUGGUCAGUGUGUUGUGUGUAACCUCUAUUUAACUAGGCAAGUCAGUUAAGACCAAAUUCUUAUUUACAAUGACGGCCCGGACGACGCUGAGCCAAUUGUGCGCCGCCCUAUGGGACUCCCAAUCACGGCCUGAUGUGAUGCAGCCUAGAUUCGAACCAGGUACUGUAGUGACGCCUCUUGCACUGAGAUUCAGUGCCUUAGACCACUGCGUCCGUGUGUGUGUUAACUAUUUAACUGUACUAGAAUACUUAAAAGGCCGCAAAAAUGGUUCAUAUCGGUUAUCGGUAUCUGUUUUUUUUAGCAAGGAAAAUAUCGGUAUCGGACAAAAAUGUAAUCGGUGCAUCACUAGUUGUAAGCUGUUGGUCCUGAUACCAGAUACUACUAGUACUGUGAAACGUAGUCGAUGUAAUGCCGUAUCACAACAUACUUCUUUCUGCUGAUUUAGUGUCUUUCUCUCAGGACUAAACACAUGUCCCUGUUAGUCACAACUACAGAUCAUUAGAAGUGUCCUAGAAAAGAAGUUGACACAGUUGUCAAUGUCUUGUUCUUCCUCUCUCUGUCUCUCUCUCUGUGUGUCUCUCUCUGUCUCUCUCUGUCUCUCUCUCUUUCUCUCUCUCUCUCUCUCUCUCUCUGUGUAUAAACAGGGACAAUAAAGAUGUUUUUGAACUAAUAA